AUGGCUGCUAUCGUUUCCAGCAUAUUCCGGCGCGGUUUGUUUCUAAAUAAAGUUGCCAUUGUGACAGGAGGAGCUACAGGGAUUGGGAAAGCGAUCACUAAAGAACUUCUUUACCUUGGGUGUAAUGUGGUGAUUGCGUCCAGAAAGCUUCAGAGACUCAACGACGCAGCAGCCGAAAUUAGCCAGUGGCUACAAGAUGGCAGUGUUGAGAGGUUAAUUUCUGGAACACUUCGGAUGUUUGGCCAACUAGAUUUUGUGGUGAAUAAUGGUGGAGGCCAGUUUAUAAGUAGAGCGGAGGACAUCAGGCUCAAAGGAUGGCAUGCUGUGCUUGAGACCAACCUCACAGGAACGUUUCUCAUGUGUCGGGCAGCCUACAGGCAGUGGAUGAAGGAUCAUGGUGGAGCCAUUGUCAACAUCACCAUGGAUAUGUGGAGAGGCUACCCACUCAUGAGCCACUCAGGUGCAGCAAGAGCUGGUGUAGACAACUUGACCAAGUCUCUGGCCGUAGAAUGGGCACACAGCCAUGUGCGGGUCAACAGUGUUGCACCGGGCAGUUCAAUCUACUCUGACACCGCUGCUGCAAAUUAUGGAGAUUUGAAAGUGUUUGAAGGUAUCAUACCCAGAAUUCCCAUGAAACGACUCGGCUCUGUGGAAGAGGUUUCGUCUGCUGUCUGCUAUCUUCUCUCACCCGCAGCUGCUUUCAUCACUGGAGUAUCCGUGAAGGUGGAUGGAGGCCAGAGUUUAUACACAAUCGCAACCUAUGAUGUGCCAGAUCACAAGCCACUUCCUGCUUACACCUGGGGUGAAGAUGCUAGCUUGCAGCAGACGGGCGGAGCCGACACUGGAACAAAGUCGAAACUGUAA